AUGCCGGGAAGAUUGAAUGGUGUUAUCAUUUGUGAUACAGCAACAAAGAAAGCAAAAGCACUGGGAAUAAUUAAGAAGAAAAAUACUUUAUUCGUGGCUGAAGUAAAGGGUCACAUUGAUGAAAAAUACAUUAAUGAUUACAUAAACUUUUUACCGAUAAUAAGAAACUUAGAUAUUAUCACAGAUGAAAAAACAAUUGGCUGUUUUAUGUAUAAUUACAUGAAAUCAAACAAUCUACCAGUUGACCAGAAACAGAGGAAAUUAACUCAGUUAGCAUCAACACACAACCAAUAUCAACCAUUUUCUUCUUAUUAUCUUUGGUAUCUAAUAGACAGAUUUCAUUUUAUCAUCGAUGAUAUUCAAUCAAUUUUAACAUUUACUAAAAACACUUGUUUUAAUGAAUUUGCGAACGAAUUUAUGAACGAAAGACAAAAGGCUGAAUUAGAAGGAAAUAAAGGAAAAAGUUUAUUUUGCAAGAUUUCACUUAAUGGAUCAUAUGGUUACGAUGCAAUGAAUAUACAAAAUUACGCAAAGACUAAAAUAAUGAAUGCACCGAAGGCACGCGUUGCAUGUAUGUCAAAUAAGUUUAAAAACAUAAGAGAAAUAGGUGAGGAUACGUAUCAAGUGAUGCUCAAAGAUAGAUUUUAUAGAUAUGAUACAUGUUUACAAGAGGCAUUUUUUACUUUAGAUAACGCAAAAUACUGGUAUUUAGUUUUCAUUUAUGAUUUUAUGUAUAAAUGCAUGGAUGUUAAUCGUUUUCAUUUCAUUGAAGGUGAUACUGAUUCAUCUUAUUGGGCAAUCGCUGGCGAUCCAAAUCUUCCUAACACUCAAGCAUUUCAAGCAAUUGUUACCGAUAAACAAUUUUAUGAUAAAAACAUUUUCAAAUUCGCACCAUUUGAUUUCUUCUGUUUUGAUGAGAAAUUUAAACCUAAAUUAAAGAAUAAAGCUGAAGAAAAAGCACAUGAGAAAAAAUUAUUGGGUUUAGCAAUUGAGAAACAAGGUGAUAACAUGGUUGCUUUAUGCCCCAAGUGUUAUACAUCAUUCAACGGUUCAAUUGAUGGAAGUGAUUUUAAAAAGAUUGCACAAAAAAUGAAAGGUGUUAGUUUACGACAAAAUAAACAAUUAACACCUAAAAAUUAUUUGGAUAUAAUAAAUGAUAAAGUGAUAUUUGAUGGUCAGAAUAUUAAUUUACAACUUAAAAACGGGUCAAUGACUCGCUUAACAAUCGGUAAGACUGCAUUAACAGGCGCACACACUAAGGCUGUAUGUUGUGAAAAUGAUGUUGUAUGCCCUUUAUUUUAA